CCAAGCCCAAAGGAAAAUAAAUAAAUAAAUAAAACAUAAAAGCAAAAUUAAUAAUAAACCCUAAAAACCAUACCCCGUAUUCUUCCCAUUUCUUCCACAAUUCCCUCCGUCUACCCUUGCCGCCGAUCAGCUGCGCUGCCUUCACGCCGUCGCCGCCGGAAAUGGGUGACAAGAAAAAGAAAGCUACCAUGUUCAUCCGACUUGUAUCAGCUGCAGGGACUGGAUUCUUUUAUGUUAAAAGAAAGCCAACCAAAAUUACAGAGAAGCUCGAGUUCCGAAAAUACGAUCCUCGGGUCAAUCGACAUGUUUUGUUUACGGAAGCUAAAAUGAAAUGAAAGAAGAGAGGAAUAAAAAUCAAUUAUCCUUUCAACCUGGAUCUAUUCUUCUUUUGGUCCAUAGGUUUUGGAGCUUUGCAAUUAGUCUUUUUUCUUCUCCAUUUUAGACUGAUGUCAUAUUUGCUAGUUUUUUCCCAUGACUCAUCUUCAGCCUUUGUGGAACAGUAUUUUUGUACAUCAACUUCUAUGGCCACGAAUUGUUUGCCUCUUGAUUUCUUGUGGUCAAAUGUGUUGAGAUAAAUUAUAAGAUAUAACUUGAGUUACUAAGCUUGAUGAUUGCAUCUUAGACUUGCGGGGAUGUUUGGUGGCUCGUAAUGUGAUUGGAUCUAAUGUAAUAAAUGCAAAAUCCUUAUUUGGAUUUAGUGUUUUGAAUACAAAACUUAGUUUUCCA